GAGACCAGAGACCUCGAACAAACUUGGACAAAUUAAAAAAAUAAAAUUAAAAAAAAACCAUAGAUACUAAGAAAUGGCUUACCAGGCUUCAUUUUCAGAAGAAGAUUUGAACUGCCCUGUGUGCUAUGAGCUCUUCACCAACCCUGUGGUUCUGGAAUGCAGCCAUAGUUUCUGCCAGACGUGCAUUGACAAAUGCUGGAACGGUCAGUUCAGAAGAACAUGCCCUGUUUGUAGGGCGCUGUGUCUCAGUGAAAGGCCUCCAGUCAGUUUGGUUCUGAGGAACAUAGUGGAGAGUUUUCGCGCCAGACAACAGUCCAGUGUAGAAGAGACAGAAGAAUGCAGGGAAGAGAGGCAAGGAAGGGAAUCAACACAGACUCCAGAGGAGCGCUGUAGUGCCCAUGGUAAGAGAUUCUUCUUCUUCUGCGAGGAUGACCAGGAGGCUUUGUGUACGGUUUGUCAGCGAUCAAGGAGGCACAAGGACCAUCAGAUUAUUCCACUGGAGGAAGCUGCCCAGGAACUUAAGGGAAAGGUGAGGCUCUCAUUAAGACCACUUAAGGAGGAUCUAAUGACCUUUGAGAAACAAAAGGCUGAUUGUCUCAGGACAACACAGUUUAUCAAGAAACAAACCAGACUCACUAUGGAUUUGGUCAAAAAGGAUUUUGAGCAGUUGCAUCACUUCCUGCGGCUGGAGGAAGCGGCACGGAUCUCAAUGCUGGAAGAUGAAGCAGAGAUGAAAAAUGAAAUCAUGCAGGAAAAAUUAGAAGAUCUCAGCAAUAAAAUAAUGAGCCUCUCCGACACCAUCCAAAACAAAGAAUCAGAUCUAGAAAAAGAUGAUAUCCAGUUCCUCCAGGUUUACAAAAGCUACACUGACAGUGUUCCGUAUAGUCUUCAAGACUCCAAUGUAUUAGAGCCGGAUUCUCUUAUAGAUGUUGCUAAACACGUGGGAAACCUUAAGUUUAAAGUGUGGGAAAAGAUGUUGGGACAAGUGCAGUACAGUCCCAUAAUAAUGGAACCAAACUCUGCAGCAAAAUGGCUAAAACUGUCUGAGGACUUGACCAGCGUGCAUUACGGAGACUUACAGUCAGAUAUCCCAGAUAACCCAGAGCGCUUUGACCUCUGUGUAUGCGUUCUGGGUAACGAAACUCUUGGUACAGGUGUACACUGCUGGGAGGUGGAGGUGGGGAAUAAGACUAAAUGGGACUUGGGUGUUGUGAUGGAGUCUGUGAGCCGUCAGGGAAUUCUGAACGUCAACUCUGAAUCUGGAUUUUGGGCUCUGGCUUUAAGAGAAGGUGGCCAAUACAGUGCCAGUACAAAACCCUGGACUAGGCUCUGUGUGAAAAGAAAACCACACAGGAUUCGCGUCUGCUUGAAUAACAAUGAUAAGGAAAUAUCCUUUUACGACCCACUUGACAUGACGCAUAUCUACACCUUUUCACAUCUGCCCACCAAAAAGUUCAUUCCUUUCUUCUCUCCAUGUGUGAGUGACAAGGGCAGUAAUACUGAGCCGUUGAGAAUUUUGGCAGUGAAGGUGGCCAUCACUCCAGAACUGGCUGACUGAACAUAGCCACUAGUGAUGCGCGGAUGGCGGUUGUAUCCGCGGGGCCUGCGGGUAAUCCGCAGGUCGGGUGGGUCAUGUAAUAAAAAAAAAUACAUUCUGAUUAA